GGUUUCAGCCCUUCAGAGUCCAGCUCUCACAGAGGCCACACCCUCCAACUCUGUGUAACCAAAUAGAUUAAUUUUAAAGUAAAAAAAUAAAACUACUCACUAGAAGUCGCCGUUUCCAUUUUGGUCAAAGCUAACGGAGUCCUUACGCUUCCUGCGCCCAACUUAAAAUCCAGUUUCGUCGCUGCUCGGAGAAGACGAGACAGCAGACCAAACUCCAGGUAACAAGAACAACCCCUCUCCCCGGCCACCACAAUAAUAUGUCUUAUUGAUGAAGUGAUGAAGGUCUUUUCUGGGACAAGCACUCAGGUGCCUCAGGAAAGCACUAGACCAUUGAAUCCAAGGCCGGCAGUGGUACCACGCCCUGGCCGCCACAGAAGGCCCAUGACGGCUCCAAAGACUCAGAAGGACAAAGCGUCUAAGAGGAAGAAAGUGUUGCUGACUAUCCUCUCAGUUGUGGUUUUACUGGGCAUACUGGCCACAGCAGCAGUCUUCAUUAAGAAGCUGAUCGACAGCAAAUACUUCUUCUGCAAGCAAUCGUUUAAGUUUAUCCCACUAGACAAAGCCUGUGACGGGAUCCAUGACUGUACUGGAGGAGAGGAUGAAAUAACUUGUGUUUCAAGCUUUAAAGUCAAUACAACCUUUCCAGUGCGUCUCACGUCUAGUCGGAAUGUCCUGCAAGUGUACAGUGCUGGAGCAGGAUGGCGGAGUGUGUGUAGUGACAACUGGACUCCGCAGCUCACACAGAGGGCGUGUAAACAACUGGGUUACACAAAUAAACCUUCUAGCACCAGUGUCCGAGUAGAGACGUUAAUGUUGUCCAUGAAAAAUGGACCAUUCGCAGCUGUCAGUUCUGGGACUACAACCACCCCCGUACAUCAGGCCACUGUAGACCGCAGUGCAUGCAAAUCUGGAUCUGUGGUCUCUUUGUCCUGUUCAGACUGUGGGAUGACAGGCUCUAAGGGACGUAUUGUCGGGGGAACAGAUGCCUUAAUCGAGGACUGGCCCUGGCAGGUCAGCCUGCAACAGAACGGCCGACAUACUUGUGGAGGCUCGCUGGUGUCACCGCGUUGGGUAGUCACUGCUGCCCACUGCUUUACUGGGAGUAAGAAGGAGCUCAGUGGCUGGAGAGUGGUGUCAGGCAGGACGUUCCUGGGCACACUGGGGGGAACCUAUGUGGAUAGGAUCAUAUUGAAUGGAGAUUAUGACACAUCACGAAACGACUAUGACAUAGCAAUGAUGAGACUCAGCAGCCCCAUCAGCGUUGGAGAGGCCCGCAAGCCGGUUUGUCUACCUCCUAAAUCCUUUGGCCUUGCUGCGGGUACUGUCAUGGCUGUGACCGGCUGGGGAUACCUUGAAGAAAACGGUAAGGUUUCUCCCUCACUCCAGAAGGCUGCUAUCCCUCUUAUAGACAAGGCCAAGUGCUCCAGCCCCACAGUGUACGGCAGUUCCAUCACCCCAAGAAUGAUCUGUGCUGGUUACUUGGAGGGGAAAAUAGAUGCCUGUCAGGGUGACAGUGGAGGUCCAUUGGUGUACUUCACCUCCUCUCAGUGGCAUCUGGUGGGUGUGGUGAGCUGGGGUGUUGGCUGUGCCCGAGAGAGAAGGCCAGGUGUCUACUGUAAUGUUGAAGAGAUGUCAAACUGGAUUCAAACAGUCAUUGAGAAAAACUCCUGAGUCUCUCUGUUGGGACAAGUAGGUGCCACGAGACCUCGGUAGAGUCAACAUGGGACAAACUGUGAAGCUAAGGCAAAGCUUUGGUUUCAGUGUAGUUGACUGAAGACAGGAAAUGAAAGGGCGAAAGGGGAAGAUGAAGAUCAUUCUCAGCAGCAAAACAGACUGUCAAAAACAGCCAUAUGCCAAAACACUGCACACAUACAUACACACGCAUUUCACACAGACUUAUUUCAGGUGUUGUUUUUUGCCAUUUCAGGUUCUUAUCUCAGGGGGAAGAGUUUUUAUGCAGUUGUUCGUCAUUGGCCAUUCUUGGGUUGUUUUUCGCCAAUUCACUCUUCAUGUGCUUUCAAAAUGGGAGUUUUACAUUAAGAUCAGAUCACUCCCAUUAGAACAUUAGGACUUGGCAAUAAUCCUACAAAAUGUUUUUACUGUGCAGAUUUUGGACCUUACCAGAAAGGCAGACCUCACACAUAAUGUACUUGAUUACUAUGUGCUACGAUUUCAGGUGUGCACUGUGAUAUGAGGGUUUGUCAAAGAAAGGGUUAACCUGUGCAAGUUUGAAGCACCAGGUAAUACCACCAAUAGAAGUGAGUUCAAUGCAUUUAUGGUGCUUGUUAAUCUAAUGUGUACGUGCCUUUUUAAAGGACAAAUGCACCUUUUUUCAGCACUGAUGGUGUUCCUGAUUCCUUAAGCACUUUAAAUGGAACAUGAGAUUUACUUGUCCUAAGUGUAUAUGCAGAUGGCUCAAUGUGCUGGAGAUUAUAACUCAGAUCACACUAUUGCAUGUCAAAGUGCCUCCAUGUUGAGUUUAGGGGCAGUCAGACAUCCAGUAGUGAACUAGAGUGUUAGUGUUGUGUGUUUAGAGUUUUUUAAUUCAUAGCUAAGAGGAUAUUAGAGUCACUUCCUACAAAUAUUAAGUGAAGUUCAUAGUCAGAUAUGUGAAUCUGUACACUCAGGUGAAACAAACAUAAAAAGUCUGCAUUUUAAUUAUUCCUUUGCAGCAAUGUAAAAAAUAUACAUAAUUUAACAGUUUGAUCUUUAAGGCCUUACACGUCAGUCCAAACUGGCACAUCUGAAUGACAGAAUCAUAGUUAACACAUUGUAAUAUACUGUUUGUUAUCAUAGACUAAUUAAACACGAGUGCCACGGUUGAUAUAAUUUGUAUAUACGGCCCAUUUUGAUGUGUUUUGUUACCUGUAAAUAAUCUGUAAAUGUAAUAAAGACAUUCUUCUCUAA